AUGUUCUUCUACGACAGCAGGCUGGAAGAUCUCAACAAGAACAUGGAGGGUCUUAUGAGCGGCGGGAACUUUGCGGCGGCAAACCAGUGCCGCAACAUGAUGGCGCAUUCCGCCGCGCUGGGCGCGCACCCGGCGGGCUUAGUGCAUUCCUCCGCGGGCUACUCGGCCGUGGACGUGUCGGCGUCGGGCCCCGGCGACCCCCUCGCCUCGGCGGGGAAAACUCACCAGAGCGCGUCGGGCGCCGCCGCCGCGCUGCCGUACGGAUACUUCGGUAACGGCUACUACCCUUGCAGAAUGGGCCGCGCGUUGAAGUCGUGCACGCAGGCCGCGCAGUACAUGGACACCACGGUGGGCUCGGACGACUACCAGAACCCCUGUAGGCCCAAGGAGUUCGCCUUCUACCACGCCGGUCCGUACCAGCCCAUGGCCAGCUACCUGGACGUGUCCGUGGUCCAGACGUUGGGGGCCGGCGAACCGCGCCACGACGGCCUCCUUCCGGUGGACACCUACCAGCCCUGGACGCUCACCAACGGCUGGGGGGGUCAGAUGUACUGUUCCAAGGACCAGGGACAGACCGGACACUUCUGGAAGUCUGCUUUGGCGGAUGUGGUGGCCCAGCAGCAGCAGCAGCAGGAAGGUUGUCCUUUCCGCAGAGGUAGGAAGAAGCGUAUCCCGUACAGCAAAGUGCAGCUGAAGGAGUUGGAGAAAGAAUACGCCGCCAGUAAAUUCAUCACCAAGGACAAGAGGAGGAAGAUCUCCGCUGCCACCAACCUCUCCGAGCGCCAGAUCACCAUCUGGUUCCAGAACAGGAGGGUCAAGGAGAAGAAGUUUGUGGCAAAAAUCAAGAACACUGCACCCUAG